AAUGGCAACCUGGAGGAGCUGUCGCUGACCAUCUGCAGCGGCACGGACAUGGUCAACAUCAACUACAUGCACAUUGUGGCACGCAGUGCCGAGAUUGCUACGACAUGGCAACAAGGCCUUCGGUCAAUCACUAACAAUAACAAAGCCAACAACGUCUGUCCGAUGACCUGCUUGAAGAAACAUUGGAUGAAGCUAGGCUUCGUGACGGACGCCAACGGCGACAUUCCAGUAAAGAGCGUGGCAAAAACCUUUGCUUCGGGCAAGACGGAGAAGUACAUCUACCAGUGCCUGAAGGAGGUGGGGCUCCCUUUUGACAAGAACGACACCAUUUACCCGGGCGACUGGACCUUCGACAAGUUCUACCAGCUGUACCACAAGAUCUGCCCUCGAAGUGACAUUGAGGAGCUGUUCAACUCAAUAACGCAAAACAAGUCAAUGUACAUCUCGGUGAAGCAGCUAAUCGAAUUUCUCAAUGACCGCCAACGAGACCCUCGCCUGAAUGAGAUCCUUCAUCCUUUCUACGAUGAGAAGCGCGUCCAGGAGAUCAUCACCGCCUACGAACCGAACGCCGAGCUGACCAAACAGGGCCUCCUCUCGCAGGACGGCUUCAUUCGGUACUUGAUGUCGGAUGAGAAUGCGCCGGUCUUCCUCGACCGCCUCGACAUCUACAUGGACAUGAACCAGACGCUGUCGCACUUCUACAUCAACUCCAGCCACAACACCUACCUCAUUGGCCGCCAGUUCGGCGGCAAGUCCUCCGUAGAGAUGUACCGGCAAGUGCUGCUCGCUGGAUGUCGGUGCAUCGAAUUGGACUGCUGGGACGGCAAAGAGGAGGAGCCCAUCAUCACGCACGGUAAAGCCAUGUGCACCGAUAUUGCUUUCAAGGACGUCAUCUACGCCAUUCGUGACUGCGCCUUCGUCACCUCGGAGUACCCGGUCAUACUGUCGUUUGAAAAUCACUGCAGCAAGAAGCAGCAGUACAAGCUGGCAAAGUACUGCAGCGAAAUCCUGGGCGACCUGCUGCUGCACGAGCCACUGCCCAACUAUCCGCUGGAGCCGAAGAUGCCGCUGCCCAGUCCGAAUGAUCUCAAGUUUAAGAUUCUAAUCAAGAAUAAGCGCCUCAAUCAGGAGGAGGAGAAAGUCGAGCUGGAGCUGUGGAAGAAGGGUCAACUGGCGGCGGAUGAUGACGACGAGAACGAAGAUCCCAACGCAAUACUAACUCCCGAGCAGAUCGCCAUGGCCAAUUACCGGUACACCGGAGCGACGCUGCACAUCCAUCCCUACCUUUCCUCACUGGUCAACUACGCACAGCCAAUCAAGUUCCAGAGCUUCGACAUUGCCGAGGAGCGGGACAUUCACUUUCACAUGUCCUCCUUUGCGGAGAACAACGCCCUCAAUCUGCUGAAAACGCAGGCCAUUGAGUUUGUGAACUACAACAAACGACAGCUGAGUCGCAUCUACCCGAAGGGCACCCGCGCCGAUUCGAGCAACUUCCUCCCGCAGAUCUUCUGGAACGCCGGCUGUCAGAUGGUCGCCCUCAACUUCCAGACCUCCGACCUGCCGAUGCAGCUGAACCAGGGCAAGUUCGAGUACAACGGCGGCUGCGGCUACCUCCUCAAGCCGGACUUUAUGCGCCGCAAGGACCGCAUCUUCGACCCCUUCGCCGAGUCGCCGGUGGACGGCGUCAUUGCCGCCCAGUGCUCGGUGCGCGUCAUCAGCGGCCAGUUUCUCUCCGACAAGAAGGUGGGCACCUACGUCGAGGUGGACAUGUACGGCCUGCCGACGGACACCAUUCGCAAGGAGUUUCGCACGCGCAUGGUGCCCGGCAACGGCCUCAACCCCGUCUACAACGAGGAGCCGUUCGUCUUUCGGAAGGUCGUCCUGCCCGACCUGGCCGUCCUGCGCAUCGCCGUCUACGACGAGAACGCGAAGAUGCUCGGCCAGCGCAUCCUUCCGCUGGACGGCCUGCAGGCCGGCUACCGGCACAUCUCCCUGCGCACCGAGGGCAACUUUCCCCUCUCCCUGGCCUCCUGCUUCAUCUGCAUCGAGCUGAAGAUCUACGUCCCGGACGGCCUGGGCGACCUGAUGGACGCCCUCUCCGACCCGCGGGCCUUCAUCAGCGCCCAGGAGAAGCGCAUCGACCAGAUGAAGGCGAUGGGCAUCGAGGAGACGGACAUCAAGGCGCAAAAGGAGGACGGGCGGCGUGCGGCCGACUACCACAUGGAGUUCCUCACCGUGGACAUGCUCCGCUACGACAAGUUCUUCGUGCGCCUGCUGCGCAAGCACCAGAAGGACAUGGACGCGCUGCGGAAGAAGCACCAGAAGGAGAAGGGCGCCGUGCAGAAGACCCAGUGCCUGGCCAUGGAGAAGGCGACCAAGGUGGCGGACAAGGCGCAUGUGGCCGACCUGGGCCAGGACGCCGGUGUGAAGGAGGCGGUGCUGGGGCAGGUGAAGCAGUGGAGCGAGCUGCUGGACCGCCUCCACCAGGAGGAGUGGGAGCUGUACCGGGCGCAGAAGGCCGCCGAGGCGGACAGCCUGCGGAAGAUUCUGCUCAGCUGGCAGGCGAUGCAGAUCAAGCACCUGGAGACGAUGUUCGAGCGGGAGAACAAGGAGAUGAAGGCGAAACAGGCGAAGGUCUCGGUGGACACGGCGAAGGAGGUGGCCAACGACAAGACGCUGCGCAACAAGGCGGAGAAGGAGAGGCGGCUGAAGGAGAAGAACAGCAACAACACCAAGAAGUUCAUUGAGGAGCGGAAGGGGGCGGCGCUGAAGCAGGACAAGGAGCGGGAGCGGACGAAGAAGACACACGAGAAGGAGUCGCAAGAGCUGGAGAAGUACAUUGAAACGGAGAUGGAGGUGUAUCGAAAUGAGCAGCUGGAGUACGAGCUGCGGCCGACCAUGAAGUUCUAUGUGUAA